AUAAAAUGGUUAAUUAAUUAUGAGGUAGAAAACAGAGAAUAAAGUUAUUAAGCUUACAAAUGAAACUUAUUGACAGCUACAUCACAGAAAUUCCAAGUGAAGACAAUAGAGAAAGAAUUUAACAUAGAGCCGAUUUUACAGACGGCCACAAACAACCAUCUUUCAGCCGGCUAUCUCAAUUCUGCCAGCAUUAUUUUUUCUAACCCCAUUCCUUAGCCCAUCCCUUUAAAAUCUUCUUCACCUCAAACCACUAUACUAUAGUUUUCUUUUGGAAAUAUUAAUGCACCAUUCAUAAUAAUAUAUAUAUAUAUCUUAGCUACUUUGCUUCUUCAGUAUACACAUCUUUGAUCUUAAGUGGAUCUUUUUUUCCAAUGGCGAAAAAAUCGCAGAAGCAAAUCGAGAAAGACAACGAUAACAAUAAUCUAAAUGCAAGUAACACGGUUACUACUAAGGCAAAACGGACUAGGAAAAGUGUUCCGAGAACUAGUCCACCUCAACGUAGCUCAAUAUAUAGAGGUGUCACUAGGCAUCGGUGGACAGGUCGAUAUGAAGCUCAUUUGUGGGAUAAGAAUUGUUGGAAUGAGUCUCAAAACAAGAAAGGAAGACAAGUGUAUCUUGGUGCCUAUGAUAAUGAAGAGACUGCAGCACAUGCUUAUGAUCUAGCAGCAUUGAAAUAUUGGGGUCAAGAUACCAUAAUUAAUUUUCCGUUAUCAAACUAUCAGAAAGAAUUGAUUGACAUGGAGAGUCAAUCAAGGGAGGAAUAUAUUGGAUCCUUAAGAAGGAAAAGCAGUGGUUUUUCGAGGGGAGUUUCUAAAUAUAGAGGUGUUGCAAGACAUCAUCAUAAUGGAAGGUGGGAGGCUAGGAUUGGCAAAGUUUUUGGCAAUAAGUAUCUUUAUCUUGGAACCUAUGCCACACAAGAAGAAGCAGCUACUGCUUAUGACAUGGCAGCUAUUGAAUAUCGUGGACUUAAUGCUGUUACCAAUUUUGAUCUAAGCCGUUAUAUUAAGUGGCUUAAGCCCAACAACAACAACAAUGAUAAUAACAAGUCCAAUACUAAUCCUUGUGACAUUAACACUAAUUAUAGUACUAACGACCAAAACUCUAAUGAAGAAUUGGAAUUUAGCAUCCUAGACAAUGAGACAUUAUCACUCAAUAAUUCUAUUGAUGAAGCCACAUUGGUUCAACCUCGACCAACUAGUGCCACGUCAGCCCUAGAGCUUCUACUUCAAUCAUCUAAGUUUAAGGAAAUGGUGGAAAUGGCAUCUAUGACAUCCAAUGUGUCAACAACAUUGGAGUCUGAUCAAUUGUCACAAUGCUCAUUUCCUGAUGAUAUUCAAACUUACUUUGAAUAUGAAGAUUUUAAUGAUGGUACCAUGUUGGAUGACCUCAACUCCAUUGUGCCUAUGUUCCACUUUGAAGGUGCUGAGAUUUUAUAACUCACUUCAAAAAAGAGAUUAGAAAAAUGUAACGUUUUAUUUAUUUGUUUGAUUUUUUCAUUAAUGUUUUUUAUAAGACCGACACCCUUUAUAAUUUUACCCUAAUUAGGAUUUAAGCUUUUAGAAGAAAUAAGUUAUCAUUGAGAAGAUUCAAAUGUGGACUAAUUGUAUCAAAUUUGAUUUCAUGAAUAUUUA